AAGACAAAGUGCGCCAUGAUUUCAAUUGAGGUUUUAAAUGUCAUUUGCCACAUUUGGUGAAGUUUAAUUGGUUAUGCAUUAACCUGUGUUUUAAAUGUAACCAAUGCUUGCCGCAUGCCCUAUUGGGCAUAACAUCAAGCGAUGCUUCCCAUCGCGUUAGGUGCAAUGCGUGGAACAUCGGGCACCUGAGUAAUAUGGAUUAUAACAAUAAUAAUCAAUGUUAAAGGAGCUCUGUGAAUGCCUGAAAAAACUUCGGAAGGCCCAAUUGUUUGCCCUUCUUUGUGCUGCUGGUGCGAUAUUUGUGCUGUUGAACGCUGGAUGGCUGUACCAAAAUCGCGAGGUAGUUGAGGUAUUCGACCACACGGGCUCCAUGUCUCAGGAAACUCUUGAGAUAAUUCUUUGUCCCAUGCCAAGGGUAACCACUGAAAAGAUUGCGCAUUUCGGCCUCGAGACGCAAGGAUUUACGAACAAUAAUUUUAUUCGCAAAGUUAUCUGGCCUUGGAUUCAUCCCCACAAUAAUAACUCCACCAAUACGAAAGCGAAAAUAUUUGUGACCAUCCUUCACUGUCUGAUUAGGUCGAGGCUGUUUAAAAUCACUGAUGCGAUAUACGAUAUGUUGGAUGCUAUGUUCUGGUAUAAGGGAUGCUUUCCUGCGGAGCUUGUCAACGGCAGCAAGGCUUUGCAAGAUCAAUUCAUGUCACCUGAGUUUGUCCAGAACACAAAGCAAGCGUUUGAGGAUAAACUCGGAAUGUACCUGAAAUCAAUGUUUGGCUCUCGUGACAAAGAACGACUGGAAGAUUAUAUGGAGCUUUUCCAACUCACCAAGGUACUGAAGCAUCGUGACCUGACUAUCACCGACCUGCUUAAAUUCAUCGGCUUAGACCUGCAGACUUAUAUCGAUCAGAAGGUUCUCGACAUUUCCCUUAAGGACGUCACCCGACCACAGCACAUACUGGAGAAGGACACCAUCAACACUCGAAUGGCGUUCAAAUGCUUCCGACACGUGCUACACAACAACAGUGAACCCGGCCACCAGAGAUCCAAGAUUACCUACUUCUUUCGAAACUACUGCCCCUGGGAGCCUUCCCAUCUCUAUCCGAAGGGCUCAUACUGCAUCACCAUCAACGAAAUGUACCUCACCAUGCACGUCAACGCAUUCAGCCAGUACACGGACGUGCCGGCGGUGCGGACGUUCGCGCCAAUCCGCCUGCCCACCGACCAACCCAGCGUAGUGCACGUGGCGGCCAGGAAGCUGGUGCAUACUCGACGAAUGUGUAAAAGCUAUCCACGUGGGGAAUCGAAGGUCACCUGCGUGGAGGACUGCCUCUUCCGCAUAAUUUUGGAGAACAUCACCUGUGCUGUGCCAUGGAUAAACCGGCUUCAAAUGCGCUUCAAAAAUCUAUACACGUUACCAACCUGCGUAACACAAAGCGACGCCAACUGGACAAGGUCGGUGGUGGUGAAGUGGUUCGACUCGACGCCAGACGACGCGUGCCAGCGCCUGUGCGCGCCAGACUGCCAGGAGCUCAUCAUCAGCCCGACUGUGCGCAGCAACUUGGCAGGCGACAGGCCCCAGCUGGUGGUGCUGCUGUCAGACCAGCUGCCCGUGUUCAGAGAGAUGGUCACGUACGACAUGGGCCAGCUGCUGGUCGAGGCGACGGCCAUCCUCGGCUUCCUUCUGGGCGUGUCGCUGGUGGCGUGUUGUGACUGGCUGCUGGGCGCGUCACUGUGGCUGACCGGCCGGCUGCCGCUGCUGCCCGCCCUGCCGCCCAUCGUGAAGCGUGAGCUCCACACCGGCGGCAUCUGGCGCCGUGUGCCGUGCGGUUCGUGCGGCAAACGACGGCCGGACAGUGGCGGAAGCGACGAGCAGCGCGGCCCGGCCGCCGCCCGGUCCGAGCCCGACGGCCCCGCCUUCCCGGCCAUCGCCGUGCGCACGAGCGUCUUCAGCACAGUCAUGCAGGUGCUGGGGCUGCUUGACCGUUACGUUGAGCCGCAGCGGCGGCAGGAGCCAGGUCAGGGUCACCUAGAGUGGGCGUUCACUAUGGGGCGCGCAGAGAGGAGGCGGCUGCCGCUGCUGGAGAAGCUGCCGAGGAAUAGUCCAUUGGUCGACGACGAGGACAAGGAGCACGCUGAGACGCCAGAACACCGUCUGCUGGACACCGAAAUGCUCGCGAUGUUCGUGGCGCCCACGGGGCGUAACAAGCGGGCGCACACGCUCUUCCAAGCUGUUGGGGUCACUAAGGGCAGUAGUCAGUACAAUAUGGACGGAUGGGAAGAACAUGAAAAAAGGCACGGAAGCGACGCCUCAGCACCGGACCAUUUCCCGCAUGAUGCACAGUAUGACCCACAUCACGACCCACAGUAUGACCCACGAUAUGACUCACAGUAUGACCCACAAUAUGACCCACAGUAUGACCGACACAGUUACCCAUCCUCUCAUCCUCACUAUGGCUCAGCACUAGAUCCGCAGCCAAGGACACUGCCAGAGGCAACACCAGACACGGCACCAGCGCCAGGGCCGCCAUCGGCCCCAGCGUCAACGCCACCGUCAGGCUCAGUGCCGGCUCCAAGGGCGGCAGGUAGCCAGACGGCCCCCGAGCAAGCCAAGUCCACACUGCCGAAAAUCGACGCGCCCAACCGGUCUGGCAGCCCCACCAGUCCGAGGGGCCGAGAGCCGUCACUGGCCGGGACGAGCGGCGGGAAGCGUCGCUGGCCGAGCCGACGGGAGCCGUCGCUGGCGCAGAACCAGAGUCAGACGCUCCCAGCCGAGCCGCCGGAGCCGGCAGACGAAGGCGCCGGCGCAUCUAAGAAGGAGGACUAG